AUGGCAGCUCCUCAUGAGAAAAUCGUCAAGAAGGAUGAAGUACAUUUCCAAACAAUUCCUUCAUUGAAUGUAAUUCUUCACCUUCAGAUGCGGCGGUUCAUCAUCGAUAUUAUGCAGAAACAAGGGGUUGCAGUCUCUCAUGCAGAACAACUGGCCGACGUACUGGUCGAAGCAGAUGUUCGUGGCCAUUACAGUCAUGGACUGAACCGACUGGAUAUGUAUGUGGGAGAUUGCAGGAAAAAAGUGUGUAAAUUGGAUGGAACUCCGACAAUAUUGAAAGAGAGAGCAGGAUCGGCUUGGGUAGAUGGCAAUAGUCUACUAGGCCCUGUGGUUGGUAAUUUCUGUAUGGAUCUGGCUGUCAAGAAAGCUAAAGAAGCCGGUGUUGGAUGGGUCGUUUGCAAAGGGUCAAACCAUUUCGGCAUUGCUGGAUGGUAUGUCAUGAGGGCCAUGAAGCAAGGCGUUAUGGGAAUAUCAUGCACCAAUACAUCUCCUAUAAUGUAUCCGACAAGAGCUGCAAAACCAGCUCUUGGCACAAAUCCAAUAGCAAUCGGAGCUAAUGCAGCUGGAGGUGAUUCUUAUCUACUGGAUAUGGCUACCACCACUGUGGCUAUCGGCAAGGUUGAAAUCGCCAAGAGAAAGGGCCAGGAAGUGCCAAACACAUGGGGUGUUGCCAAAGGAGGUGUGAUGAGCCAUAAACCGGACGAGAUUCUUUCUGGAGGAGGUCUAUUGCCACUUGGUGGUUCUGAGAUAUGUGGUGGCUACAAAGGCUACGGGCUGGGUUCAGUCGUGGAGAUAUUCUGCGGAAUUCUCGGUGGAGCCCACUGGGGACCAAACAUUCGAAAGUGGAUGUCUGCUGAAGUAGACGCUGAUCUGGGUCAGUGCUUCAUCGCAAUUGAUCCAGAAGCUUUUGCGCCUGGAUUCGCUGGACGAUUACAAGAAUUUAUGAACACAAUGAGGAACCUUCCUUCCGUCAAUCCAGAUGAGAAAGUACUGAUUCCUGGUGAUCCAGAGAGAAAUCAUGAGAAAAUCGUUGAAGAGCUUGGUGGAAUUCCGUACCAUCCAAAUCAGAUCACAUAUGCCGUAAGUGCUCGUAUCGCCUAUGGAUGCUGA